GAAAGCAGUGGUAGCAACACAGAGGUACAUGGGCAGCCUAAAGGAGGGAAGGAUGGUAAAAGGGGACAACGAAGUCGCGCCCGACCCCGAAUUUCCUGAACAGUUCCGCUCCUACUCGGAGAACGAAAAACACUGGCAAGCGCGGCGCGCCUUCAUCCUGCGCAAUAGCCCGCUGGAGGGCGGGGAGGCUCCCACUCCGCUACGUCUGGACCAGCUGCUCUCCCUCUCCAUGGUUUGGGCCAAUCAUCUCUUCCUGGGAUGCAGCUAUAGCAAAGAUCUAUUGGAGAAGGUGACAGAAAUGGCAGAUGGAAUUGAAGUUGAAGAUGUGCCACAUUUCACAACUCGUGAUGAACUUAUUAAAAGAAUCAGUACUAGUGCCUAGGAGAAGAAAUGCCAGGCUUUUAUUCUACUACACAAUCUGUUUAUAUCGAAGACUGAUCUGGAUACUUCAAGCAUCACUUCUGAGAUGCAUUUUAGAUUAGACCAUUUUUACACUGAAUGCUCACUGAGAUUAUGUAAAGAUUUUGAUUAAUAUAUGUAUAUUAAUCAGAUUAAGGCUGAAGAAAAGACAAAUACUUAUGUUUAUCAUUUAGAUAUUCUGCCCAUCAAACACCAGCCUUUCAGAAAACAUUUUAAUUUGAUGUGGUGAUACUUCCUAAGGUACCAGUUAUAUGGUAUGAAUACAGAAGUAACAAAAUCCCAUUAAAAAAGAUGAGAAUAAAAGAAACUAAUGUAAAGUCAUGAAAAAUGGCUGAAUGUAAGAAAUAAAUGCUUAAAAAAA